GCGGCAGAGCAACCCCAGAAUGCCGAACCCGAGUUGUUUUUGGACCGAUACCUGAUCCACAAGGUCGUUGGCGAAGGCAGCUACGGAAAGGUCAAGCUGGCAUACGAUACGGUCACGAUGGAAAAGGUUGCACUCAAAAUCAUAUCCAAGAGCAUCAUCAAGAAGGUCUCGCACAUUACUCGGCUGAAGCGCGAGGUCCGUCUGAUGCGGUUGGUCCAUCACCCGCACAUCGUCAAGCUCUAUGACGUUGCGGAAACCGAAAAGGAAAUCAUCCUCGCGAUGGAGUUUGUCGAAGGAGGCGAGCUGUUUGACUAUAUCGUCGCCCACAAAAAAGUCAACGAGAAUGUUGCCCGCAGAGUAUUUCGUCAGAUACUCUCCGCUGUGGACUACUGCCAUCGCAGCUGCAUCAUCCACCGAGAUCUGAAGCCCGAGAAUCUGCUUUUGGACAAUAACCGUGGCAUCAAGAUUAUCGACUUUGGCUUUGCCAAUCUGUUUGAUCCAUCCAAUAUGAUGCAAACGUUCUGCGGCUCGCCAUACUAUGCUUCCCCAGAAAUGAUUCUCGGCCGCCAGUACAUUGGCCCUGAAGUCGAUGUCUGGAGCCUGGGGGUUAUUUUGUUUGCCCUCCUUACCGGCAAGCUGCCCUUUCGCGAGUCCAACACAGCAGAGCUUUACAAGAGAAUCACUCGAGGCGUGUACGAGUGCCCCGACCAUAUGUCCCCAGAGUCCCAGGAUUUGAUCAAGAUCAUGCUCGUGGUCGACCCGGUGCACCGCGCCUCUGUCGACGAGAUCCGGAAUCAUCCCUGGACCACCGAGGGAUAUCCUGGGCCGCCAGACUCCUUACUGCCGCCUCGCCCCGUCUUCCACGAUGCCGAGGAGCUUGACCAGAAAAUCAUCCAAAAAAUGACGAGCUUUGGUCUCGAGCAAGACGCUGCCAUCAACCAGAUUCUCACGGCCCCCACUGGUCCGGCAUUUGCCCUCUACUACCUGCUGCGAGAGCAGCAGGCUCGCGAACGAGGUCACCUCCGCACGGCCCCGACCGAUCAACGGGACUCGCAAAUCGACCUCGAAAACGCUCAGUUGCAUAACGAUGGAUACUCGCCGUCUCAGCGUCCCAAAGCGGGCCCGACCGAGGUGGCCCCGAUCGAAGCGCCUCGGAUUUCGAUCACCGCAGGCUCCAACACCUCGGUGGACACGACGUCAGUAUCGUCGAAUGAAGAAAUCAUGAACAAAUUGAGGAAAAAUGCCAGUACUCGAGUGGCCCGCCCGGCAACUGGUCGAAGAAGCACUGUCAGCGGCACAUUCUCUGGUCAUUCCGACGACGGGCUCUCCCCCGAGACGAUGCGCCGAAGGCGAACCCCGUCACAGCAUUCCCACCGCGGGGAGCCGCGUCUAUCCGAUUCUUCCGAUCCGAUCCCGCUCCAGGCCAAGAGAUCGAGAGCACCGGCGUCAGAGUCCGUUACUUCCAGCAUUGACUCGAUUGUACAUGAGCCGAGCCAUUUGCACAGCCAGGACCAGAAAGACAGCACCUCGUCCCUCAGCCAGGAGAGCAGCAGCAACAACAACAUUGCGGCAAAGACAAGCCCUGCAGACGAAAAGUCCCUGGCCGUACCGGUACUGUCCAAGCUCUUCAGACGACUUUCUUUGCCUUCCGGACCAGCAUCCAAGACCAAGAAAAGCACUCCGGAGCUGUUCAAUGCCCAUGUUUCUCCACACCGGACGAGCACGACGGCCCACCGCCUUGGGUCGCAAAAGCUGGCAUCGCAGUCGGUCAACAUGGGAAGCAUGACGCUUUCGUCGAAUGCAUCCAUGUCACCGCCGUCCCCGAUCAAGGAGCGCAUCGACGCCAGUGCUGUCUCCUUGGCGCCGCCGGGGCUGAUUCCUCCCGAAGAAUCAAAGCUCCGGCGAAGAAAGUCGCUCACGGAGACCAUCUCCAGCGCGAUCAAGCGAAUACGCAGCACGAGCUUUUCCAAGCAGGGCAAGUCCACGAUGGGAUCCACUGCCCUGGGAGGUACUCGGGAUGAGCCUCGGGCAAGCAAGGCCAUAUUCGGAGCCGACACGACAUCGACUCAAUCGCCCGAGUUGAUUGUGAGGGAAGUCCAGCGCGUCCUGAACGAAAACAGCAUCCCCAACACCUGGAACGGAUACAAGGCACAGUGCACAUACCAGUCCAUCAAAUUUGAAAUCGAGGUUGUGCGGAUCUACAGGACAGCCCUGAGGGGUGUGGAGAUGAAGCGCACCAAGGGCUCCACCUGGGCUUACCAGGGCGUGUGCAGGACGAUAAUCUCACAGCUCAAGCUGUGACUGCUAUUUUUGCCACACCCGCUCCACGAUAGUGCCUGUAGCUUAUAUGAGAGGCUGAGUUGGGCAUAUUCAGUCCCGAUGGUUUGAGUGACACAAUUGAUUUGCUUAGAUCCAGCAACCGCACCUAUUCCUUGGUCCUCGGCAAACAAAUGCACCACGACCGAACGACCUGCGCUCAUGGCGUGUAAUACAUCUGCCUCAUAAAGUCAAUCCAGGACGGAACGGGAAAGUGCCCCUUUUCUCUGGUAUCAAGGGCCUGAAGCUGCUGAACUUCCGUAGCUCCCCAGUGUGCAGGCUGUGCGAUUGUUUCCGGUCCUGGAUGUGUACUCAGGCCCUUAAAUCAAAGAAAAACCUGACUCGAAACAGAGUGCCCUGU